AUGGACUCGUCGAUUUCGACGAAUAUUGCGAUUCUAAACUCGACUGCCACGAUGAAUCUUGGAAACUAUUUUGUCAACGGCACUGAAGACAGACUGACAUUGAAGAACUUGUUGAAUGGUACUACAUAUAUUUCUGUGGUUAACAAAGCUUCAUUUGGAGCGUUCACAAGAAAAAUGCUUCUUGACAAAGCGAGAGAACAGUUUCAAAAAUCCGCGAGUUCGGAGGAUGAAGAUUUCGAUUCGUCACUAUUGAAAUGCGCUGCGGAGAUGCAGCUGGCCACAAAGGAUGACAUCUACUGGAGUUUUUCCGAUGCAACCUGUUUCCGGCAAGAUUAG